GGCAACCUGUAAAGAGACUGUGGCGGCUCCCAAUCGCAGUGUCAGACCGCACGUGGCGUCUCAACCGACUGUGAGCGAUGUAUUCCCUCCUGUAUCGCGAGGAGAAUGCUCACGAAGAUAGCAUCUGGGCGUGUGCAUGGGGAAAGUAUGAAAAGGAGGUAAAAAAGUCGACAGAAAACGGCCUUGAAAAUGAAGCUAUAGAAAAUGAAGAAGAUAAAGAAGAAGACAAGAAACUGCGAGAUUUUGUUGUUACGGCUAUCGCAUCCAGUUCUCUGGAUUCAAAGAUUUGCAUCUGGGAUCCACACAUUGGGAGGGAAUUGAGGAACAUCGAGGAAGGUCCUGUGGAUGUAUGGACCGUGUCAUACUCCCCAGACUCAAGGUUUAUUGCCUCAGGCAGCCAUUCGGGCAAGAUCAACAUGUUUGGGGUGGAGAGUGGGAAGCAAGAGCAGACCCUUGACACAAAUGGGAAGUUCACCCUCAGCAUUGCCUUUAGUCCUGAUGGGAAGUUCAUAGCAAGUGGAGCCAUUGAUGGAAUCAUCAAUAUUUUUGAUAUGUCAUCAAUGAAACUUCUUCAUACCCUAGAAGGUCAUGCAAUGCCCAUUCGAUCUCUGGUCUUCUCUCCAGACUGUCAACUCCUCCUCACUGCCUCUGAUGAUGGCCACAUGAAGCUCUAUGAUGUAAACCAUGCCCACCUGGUAAGUACACUCUCGGGUCAUGGUUCAUGGGUCCUAAGUGUGGAUUUUGGGAGCGAUGGAAGCCGCUUUUCUUCAAGCAGUUCAGACCACACAUUGAAGAUCUGGGACCUUGCACAGCGUCAGUGUGUUCACACCUUCACUGAGCACACCGAUCAGGUCUGGAGAGCCAAGUUCCACCCAAGUGGAGAGAAGAUCAUAUCAGUGUCUGAGGACAAAUCCAUCAGUGUCUAUGACUGUCCCCUGUGAUCUCACUGGAUGAGCUGUUUCACUUCACAUAUUACAGACCUCGGAAGACGCUUCAUCGUGUGAAUAUGAAUGCUAGUGACUGCAUUUCUGAUUCUGAUGAACAAUUAUGCACAUUCAAGUAUUGGCAACCUUUUCAAAUGAAAGAGUGGCAUGGUGCCAAUGAUUCCAGAA